CUGUACGGCGGGGCUACCAUGGCCAGCACUCGUCGACUAAUCGGCGAACAGUUCUCCGAUCUUCCUUAGCCAUAUGGAGAAUGGACUAUGUUCACUGAUCUUACUUUUGAAGUUAGAUUGAAGCAUUCGUAAGAUGUCUCUGACACUCUUUAAGGGGAUACAAUUCUAUGCUCCUAAGCAAUACUCAUUCCCUUAUUUUGCCAGAAAACACGUCGCUUCAUAUUGUUCUGUGAAGAAUUUACAAAACCAGACUGAAAAACAGCUGCAAGGGCCACCAAAAAACAAUCCAAAACGGCUCGAUAACAUUUUGAAAGAUUACGAAGCAAUCAUUGGUAUUGAAACCCACGUGCAGCUUUCUACUCAUACAAAGGCCUUCUGUAGCUGUCCUUACACUUAUGGGGCUAUUCCAAAUACUAACAUUUGCCCCGUUUGUGUGGGUUUACCUGGGGCCUUGCCAGUUUUAAACUCAAAGGUUAUAGAAUCUGCUGUAAAAGUUAGUCUUGCACUCAACUGUAAGCUAUCUAUGACCUCAAAGUUUGACAGGAAGCAAUACUUUUAUCCAGACCUCCCAAAGGGAUACCAAAUAUCACAGUUUGAUAUACCCAUUGCAACUGGUGGUUAUCUUGAUCUGGAUAUACCUGUUGAGUUGGGUGGUGGACAUAGGAGGUUUGGGAUUACAAGGGUUCACAUGGAAGAAGAUGCCGGGAAGCUGCUUCAUACCGGCAACAAGAGUUACUCUCAGGUUGAUUUGAAUAGAGCAGGGGUCCCGUUGCUUGAAAUUGUCUCUGAACCUGAUAUGAGAACUGGUAUUGAAGCCGCAGAGUAUGCCUCAGAAUUACAACGCUUGGUCAGGUAUUUGGGGGUGAGUAAUGGUAAUAUGCAAGAAGGAUCACUUCGCUGUGACGUCAAUAUCUCUGUUCGUCCAAUAGGGCAGUUGGAAUUUGGAACAAAGGUAGAAAUAAAGAACUUGAACUCGUUCUCAUCAAUGAGUAGGGCCAUUGAUUUUGAGAUUUCAAGACAAGUAAUCCUCCAUGACCAGGGCCAGGGUGACCAGAUUGUACAAGAGACUCGUCUAUGGGAAGAAGGUGGUCAGAAGACAAUAACCAUGAGGAAAAAAGAAGGGCUUUCUGACUACCGAUAUUUCCCAGAGCCAGAUCUUCCUGGGGUAUCUAUCACUGAUAACUAUGUUGACCGUAUUUACAAAUCACUCCCUGAACUUCCAGAAAUGAAACGGCGGAGGUAUGAAAAGAUGGGAUUGAGCAUGCAGGAUGUACUCUUCCUCGCUAAUGACUAAUGUUGCAGAAUUUUUUGAUGCAACAAUUGCUGGAGGGGCAGAUGUUAAGCUGGCCACUAAUUGGAUGAUGGGUGACAUAGCUGCAUACAUGAAGAAUGAAAAGAUAUCCAUCAACGAUAUUAAACUUACCCCUCAUGAACUAGGCGAGCUCAUAUCUGCAAUUAAAGAGGGGACUAUCAGUGGGAAGAUUGGGAAAGAGAUUUUGUUUGAGAUAAUGGCCAAAGGUGGAACUGUGAAGGGGAUGAUACAAGAAAAGGGGUUGGUUCAGAUUUUAGACCCUCAAGAGAUAGAGAAAAUGGUUGAUAAAGUAAUUGCUGACAAUCCGAAGCAAGUAGAGCAGUACCGUGGUGGCAAAACAAAAUUGCAAGGUUAUUUCGCUGGCCAGGUGAUGAAGGAAUCCAAAGGCAAGGCAAAUCCGAAGCUUCUGAGCAAAAUUCUCUUCGAAAAGUUGAAUGCCGAGACCUAGUAUAGCCCAUGUCUUCAUCGCGAUCGUCUUCUUUGCCAACGCGAGACACUUCAAAGUACAGACUGCCCAAGCACUCAGCCAUGGUAAGGUUGUAAGGAUCAACAUCUUCAUGAUCGGCAACAUCACUAUAAUACUUGAAGCUCAAGUUGUCGCCGACGAGGUGAGUGAGUAUAGCCAUAAUUGUAAGUGUUUAGUAUUGUCGAGGAAUGGAUUAUUGUUUUUGGACACAAUAAUGUAAUGACAUUAGG